ACUCACCUUGCACAGGUGAGCUACGGGAAUCUGCAGGAAGUUAUAUGACUGACAGCUCAAAACCAAGCAUUCUUGUCUGAAUCCAGCUCGCUCCUCCCUCUUGGGGCCCUCGGCGGCCAAUAGCGUGUCUCUCCUGCAGAUAGACCCCAGUGUGUCUCCUUCCAGCCCCAGUCCCUGCAGAGUAAAAGUCACGUUGGAAAGAAAGGAGGAUCGAGAUAUCUGCUUACAGCUGCUGUCAGAUAUCCGAUCGCAUUCGCAUGGCGAGGAGGUAACCUGAUCGAGCUGGGAGGAGUGACUUUACCAGGGAAGGCUUGAACAAAAAAAUGUCUUCUUCUUCUGCCGGAGAAGUCACAACAGCGAAUGACAUCAAGAGGGAAAAUGUAAAGGAGGUGGAUAAGCGGGAGUGCAUCAAGCUUGUGGCGCUGGACGCGGCGGAAUUGUCCAUGGAGCGCACGACUCCCAACACGGACGCGGUGCGCACGGAGCUUUUGGUGAGCGCCGCUUCCUCUCUGGCUUUCUCCCCGGAGCAAGUGGCCUGUGUCUGCGAGGCUUUGCAGCAAGGAGGCAAUGUGGAUCGGCUAGCCAGGUUCCUGGCACAGAGUGACCUGCUACGCGGCAAUGAAAGCAUCUUAAAAGCCCAAGCCCUCGUUGCUUUCCACCAGGCUCGGUAUCAGGAGCUGUAUAGUAUUUUGGAGAACCACAGUUUCAGUCCGUCCAACCAUACAUUUCUGCAAGAUCUGUGGUACAAAGCCCGGUACACCGAGGCAGAGAAGGCACGGGGGAGACCCCUAGGCGCAGUGGACAAGUACCGGAUCCGGAGAAAGUACCCUCUCCCCAGGACUAUCUGGGACGGCGAGGAGACUGUGUAUUGUUUCAAGGAGAGAUCUCGAAACGCGCUGAAGGAUCUGUAUAAUCAGAACAGGUACCCAUCUCCUGCCGAGAAAAGAAAUCUCGCCAAGAUUACAGGGCUCUCCUUGACCCAGGUCAGCAACUGGUUCAAAAACAGGAGACAGAGAGACAGAAACCCGUCCGAGGCACAAUCAAAAAGUGAAUCUGAUGGAAACCACAGCACAGAGGAUGAGUCUAGUAAAGGCCAGGAGGAGCUGUCACCCCGGCCCCUCUCCAACUCUUCAGAUGGGGUGAUCACCCAUGGGGUUCAAACAGGGUCUCUGGACAGUGGAGUGGUCAUCCAGCAGAUUGGGGACAUCAAGAUGCCACCUGGAUCCACCAGUGGCAGUCUCUACAAUGGAAGCCUAGUGACCAGUAACACCUCCUCCACUGUGUUUCACAAUGGUGGCUCAUCUUACCUCCACACACCCGGAAACAUCCUUUUUAACGGGUUCAAUUUAGGCAUCCAGCCACUGGCUUUCAGCCCUCUGAGACCUGCUGGAGGGGUAUUGCUGGGGGGCUCCGGAAUGGACAUGCAGAUGCAGACAGGGCAGGAGAAGGGACUGGGCAGUUCUGUGGAGGACUCGAGCCUGCAGUACAACUCCUACUCUGGCUGUGUGAAUGGAGCCGAUGUGAAGCUGGAGGGAGUCAACACCAUGGCUGCCCAGAACGGGGGUUCAUCUGUGCUGACGUUCAGCUCCUCAUCAGGUCCGCUGCAGUUGGGUGGCUACAGUCUGGUUCAGGUAUCAAGUGGAGUCUCUGACGGUGAUGGUAGCUCAUUACUCAACAAUGAUGUAGGCCUUCCUCCCCUGCAGCUCUCCUCUGCCUCAACAAUCACACAACAAGGUAGCAUGCCUCUGAACAAUGUAGCAGUGAGCUCCUCCAGUGACGACUCAUUCCAGCAGCAGGACAAGCUGAACAUGACGUCUCUGCACCACAACACAGUCCUCUACAGCAUGAGCAACUCUGGCCAGCCGUGCAUCAAGAAGGAACCUCUGGAAGGAGGUGUCUACUCCUCAUAUCACCAUGGGCUCCACCUGGACCCCAGCGGUCAGCUCAGCUACACCACCCCCGACUCAGAAGAAGUUCCCUCCAGCCAAGCUCCCACCUCAACCACUGAAGCCACAGCUGUCAGCUCAUCCAGCCCUGAGCCGGAGGUCUACACCACCCUCACUGUCAGCACGCCCCUGAUGGCUCAAACAGACCCGAGCAGCCACCAGCUUCAGCCCACAGAGUACCUCAGAAGCCCUGAGGUCCAGGGACACCUUUUAGGCCCCGGCAUGAACAGGGACUACAUGAACCUUUCAGAAAACAAGGUGGAGGGCUCUGGCUCAGGAGGCAUGAAUGAGAUGGUGCAGGCAAUAUGUGGAGAGAUGGAGGGGAAGGAGCUAGCCAAACUACAGACAGUGCAGAUGGAUGAGGACAUGGCUGACCUUUAACCUUCCUCACAUAAGUACUCAUGUCUGUCCAAGCAGUGACGUGGUGAAUCUUAUGUUUGUGUGUGCGUGUGUGUGUUUUUUUUUAAUCAUUUAUUUCCUUUAAAUGUUAAAUUAUUUGUGUUCAUUUGACUUUUACAGUGCACUCAAUUCAGAAAGAAGCCCUGCAGGUGUUACAAUCAGUUUAUCAUAAAAACAGAACACGUGAUGUUUUAAAAGUCCAAUUUGUAAGACGAAACAUUAUGGCUGUUACAUGCUAACAGCUACUGUAUGUGUUUGAGCCACGUUUAAAUGUGCAUUUUUAUAGACAACACCUGCUACUUCCUGUUGAGUGGAUUUGAUCUGCUGAAGCAGGUGCUGUAAUUCUUGGAGUCACAUGACCGGGAUGUUCCUCCAAACUAAAUGUGUCAUCUCGGUCAAACCAAAAAGGUCAUUCAGGAGGAGGGGGGGGAGAAAGAGAGGGUCUCUGUGAAAAUGAUCAGUAAAACAGCAACAGCUUUACUGAAGGACUGCACAGACAUACAGAAAAUCAUAGUUGUUUUUUUUUUUUGACACAGAAUGUUGCAGAUUUAGGGAAAAGUGUCCUUCGGUAAGCACCUUAAAUUCUCUGAAUGCCCUUCAGGUCACUGCAAAAUCCUACCUUUUUGGUUUAUAUCAUACCAAAUAAACUAGGAGCGUUGACUAUGGUACUAGAAUUAAGACGAACAUGCCUUUCUGGUCUAUUUUGGCAUUUGCACUACUACAACGACAUUACAAUGUCUAUGUUUUAAACAGCCUUCAUGUUGGAGGCACAAAAUGCACCACACCACACAAAAUGCAUAUCACUUCAGCAGGGAUUUGAAGCCUCAUCAUCAACCUGUCAGACCAAGAUAUGAAAGACGAGCUAAAGGUCGCACUAUCAUUUCACCUACUGUCCAUUAUCUGUUGUUUCUAAUGCCACAACUCGUAUGUUAACUAGG